AUGUCCGUACGGAAGGCAGCCGAAGAGUGGGGCGUACCCCCCUCAACCAUUCAGUCCCGGAUCAAGAAGGGUGUCCGACCCAAGGGCGAAUACGAAGCUACUGUAUUGCAAAAGCUUUCGCCUACCCAGGAAAAGCAUCUGGCGGCCUGGAUCACGAUACAAGAGGACUUAGGCGUCCCUGUUUCCCAUCGCCAGAUUCGCUUAUUCGCCGACCGUAUCCUCCAGGCAAACGGCUCCUCAGAGACGGUCGGGAACGGCUGGCUUCCUCGAUUUUUCAAGCGCCACCCAGAAGUUAAGACCAAGAAGGAGAUUUACAUCCCUGGGACAGCAACAACAAUGAGGCGGUUGUUGGUAGUUGAUGGGCAUGGGAGUCAUGAAAGUGAUGAGUUUAUGUGGGAGUGUUACGCCAACAACGUUCACCUUCUUUUUUCACCUCCACACUGUUCCCACGUCCUCCAGCCGCUCGACCUUACCGUCUUCAGCCCCCUGAAGAACAGCUACCGCCGUUACCUUAGCGAUAUCAUCCUUCAACGAAACGGACUCCCUCUCAACAAGCAGGACUUCAUCGUCGCCUAUGCUAGAGCCAGGGAAGAUCUGAUGUACAGCAAAAAUGUCAGAUCUGGAUGGGAGGCAUCUGGUCUCUGGCCCCUCAACAUCGAGAAGCCUCUCGCGAGUCGUUUUGUCGACUUGUUGUACGAAGUUAGCCCUGAACUACGCGAGAUUUUCAGGACGGACAACACGGUCAAGAUCAGCUUUGAUAAGAUCGCGAAGCUUGUUGUUGAGAAAACGAUGGAAGUCUUGAAUUUGCAACUGAAACUUGAGGCAGCUGAAGCUCAGUUGGAAAGAGUGAGGCCCAAGAAGAAGAGGAAGGUCAAACUGGAUCCCAACGCCAAAUUUGCGACUAUGGUAGAUAUUAUCAAGGCGAAGUUCGAAGCUGGGGAGCUUGUAGAGACAUCAGACGCUUUAACGGACGUCGUCCUACAGGGUCAUUUGCAGGAUUUCAGCGAGUAUAUGGAUUGA